AUGUCCCAGAUAAAAACAGAAGAUGAACUGAUUCUUUUUGAAAGAGAAAUAAAAGAGUUUUGGACCAAGUUCAAAAGCAUCUGUGGUUGUGAACAGAUCAAUCAGACUCUUGUACUAAGAGAUUCCUGCAAAGAGUCCAUAAAAACACUUUCAGAGAAAUGGACCAGAAAAUUAAAAGAAGGUGAUCUGAUGAUUGAUAAGAUUCAGGAGUACACAGCUGAAAUCCUUCAAGAGAACAAAUGCAUUGCAGAAAAACAAGAAAACUUGGCACAAACAAAAUCCAAAAUUAAGCAGGAAGAAGAACAAAGGAAAGACUUGAUGGAGAGCAUCAGAUUGCUUAAGGAAGAGUUGAUUAGAAAAAAGGAAAUUUUGUCCUCUAAAAACAAGGCCGCUAAGGAGAGGGUGGAAAGACUAUGUAAAUCUAAAGCACUGUUUGAAGAGCGGCUUGCAUUAGAAAUACGCAGAAUUCAUGGUGAACAAUUGCAGUUCAUAUUCAGAUGCAUUGACCACAAAGAUCCUGACAAGCCUUUCAUAUUCACUCUUUCUGUAAAUGAGCAGGGAGAAUAUGAAGUGGUAUCCUGUUUUCCUCCCCUGGACUGCAUGGCAGACCUCCAGUUAAAAGUGAGAGAAACCAACAACUUCUCUGCAUUUGUUGCCAAUGUCAGAAAAGCUUUCACAGCUUUAUCAUAUAAGUAAUCUGUAACUGUAUAUAUGUGCAAAACUGGCUUUAUAUCUCUCUUCCUGUCCCUGGGAGCAUUCACAAUUUUUUCCCGUUUUCAUUAACCUAAAAGGAGAGCAAAUAUGCUUAUACAUGGUUUUUAAUAUUCUCUUUUCUAAAUAAAGAAAAAAAUGUUUUUGUAAAUUA